GGCUUGCGGAAGAUGGCGGCGCCCAGAGCCGUAGCGUGAAUUUUGGUGGUGGUAGUCGCAGGCCAUUCGUGCUGGAAUCACAACAGUGGGACCGUGCGCCAUGUCGCGACUGAUCGUGAAGAACCUCCCAGAUGGGAUGAAGGAGGAGCGUUUCCGGCAGCUGUUCACCGCCUUCGGCACACUGACAGACUGCAGCCUCAAGUUCACCAAAGGCGGCAAGUUCCGCAGGUUCGGCUUCAUCGGCUUCAAGUCCGAGGAGGAGGCCCAAACAGCGCUGAACCAUUUCAACAAGAGUUUUAUCGACAUGUCCCGGAUCACGGUAGAGUUCUGCAAGUCGUUUGGGGACCCGACAAAGCCCCGAGCCUGGAGCAAGCAUGCCCAGAAAACAAGCCAGUCCAAGCCCCCUCCGAAAGACAAAGACUCCAUCUCCCCAGAAACUAAGAAGGAUGACAAGAAGAAAAAGGUAGCAGGUGAACUGGAGAAGCUGAGGGAAGAUAACGAGUUCCAGGAGUUCCUGUCAGUUCACCAGAAGCGGACGCAGGUGGCCACCUGGGCGAAUGAUGCCCUGGACGUUGAGCCCUCGAAAGGGAAGAACAACUUGGCCGAAGACUACCUGAACUUCGACUCCGACUCAGGGCAGGAGAGUGAGGAGGAGGGAGCCGGAGAGGCCCCGGAAGAGGAAGACAGCAGCCUCGAACCCAAGGCAGCCACACGGAAGGAGCUGUCGGACAUGGAUUACCUGAAAUCCAAGGUGGUGGAGGCCGAGUCGCCAUCCUCAGAGGAGAGUGAAGAUGAAGCCGUGAACUGCGAGGAAGGGAGCGAGGCCGAGGAAGAGGGUUCCUGCACCCCCGCCGCCCAGCAGGACAGGGAGGCGGCCCGAGCCGAGAACGAGACACCAGCCAACCAGAAGGAACGCACCACCACCCACACCGUGAAGCUGCGGGGAGCCCCGUUCAAUGUCACAGAGAAAAAUGUCAUGGAAUUCCUGGCACCCCUGAAACCGGUGGCCAUUCGAAUAGUGAGAAAUGCCCAUGGAAACAAAACAGGGUACGUCUUUGUGGAUUUCAGCAGUGAAGAGGAAGUGAGGAAAGCUCUGAAAUGCAACAGGGAAUACAUGGGUGGACGCUACAUCGAGGUGUUUAGGGAAAAGAACGUCCCCGCAGCCAAGGUGCCCCCAGAGAAUAGCGCCAAACCCUGGCAAGGCCGGACACUCGGGGAGCAUGAAGAGGAAGAGGACCUGGCUGACUCUGGGAGGCUCUUUGUGCGAAACCUGCCCUACACCAGCUCUGAGGAAGACCUGGAGAAGCUCUUCUCCAAAUACGGUCCCCUGUCUGAGCUGCAUUACCCCAUCGACAGCCUGACCAAGAAGCCCAAGGGCUUUGCCUUCGUCACCUUCAUGUUUCCGGAGCAUGCUGUGAAGGCCUACGCGGAGGUGGAUGGGCAGGUGUUCCAGGGCAGGAUGCUCCACGUGUUACCAUCCACCAUCAAGAAGGAGGCCAGCGAGGACGCAGACGCCCCAGGAUCAUCGUCUUACAAGAAGAAGAAAGAGUCAAAAGACAAGGCCAACAGCUCCAGCUCUCACAACUGGAACACGCUGUUCAUGGGCCCGAAUGCAGUGGCCGACGCCAUCGCCCAGAAGUACAGCGCCACCAAGAGCCAAGUGUUUGACCAUGAGACCAAGGGCAGCGUGGCCGUGCGCGUGGCCCUGGGAGAGACCCAGCUCGUCCAAGAGGUGCGGCGCUUCCUCCUCGACAAUGGGGUCAGUCUGGACUCCUUCAGCCAGGCCGCCGCUGAGCGAAGCAAGACCGUGAUCCUGGUGAAGAACCUCCCGGCCGGCACCCUGGCGGCCGAGCUGCAGGAGACCUUUGGCCGCUUCGGCAGCCUGGGUCGCGUGCUGCUGCCAGAGGGCGGCAUCACGGCCAUCGUGGAGUUCCUGGAGCCGCUGGAGGCCCGCAAGGCCUUCCGACACCUGGCCUACUCCAAGUUCCACCACGUCCCCCUGUAUCUGGAGUGGGCUCCGGUGGGCAUCUUUUCCAGCCCAGCCCCACACAAGAAAGAACUCCAAGAUGCACCAGCAGAGCCGGCCGGAAAGGACAGGAUGGAGCCAGAAACAGACGGCGAGACCCCAGAAGGUGAAAAGCUGACAGAGGGAGCAGCACACGACACUUCAGCAGAGGUGGAGGAGGAAGAGAAUGAGGAGAGCCUUCCCGGGUGCACGCUGUUUAUCAAAAAUCUCCACUUCGACACGACCGAGGAGACGCUGAAGGGGGUGUUUUCCAAAGUGGGUGUGGUGAAGAGCUGCUCCAUUUCCAAGAAGAAGAACAAAGCAGGCGCGCUGCUGUCCAUGGGGUUUGGAUUCGUGGAAUACAGGAAACCGGAGCAGGCCCAGAAAGCUCUCAAGCAGCUCCAGGGUCACGUCGUGGACGGCCACAAGCUGGAAGUCAGGAUCUCAGAACGAGCCACCAAGCCAGCCCUGACGUCCGCUCGGAGGAAACAGGAGCCCAGAAAGCAGACAACCUCCAAGAUCCUGGUGCGGAACAUCCCCUUCCAGGCUGACAGCCGUGAGAUCCGCGAGCUCUUCAGCACCUUCGGGGAGCUGAAGACAGUCCGCUUGCCGAAGAAGAUGACGGGGAUGGGCUCGCACAGAGGGUUCGGCUUCGUCGACUUCCUCACCAAGCAGGACGCGAAGAGGGCCUUCAACGCCCUGUGUCACAGCACCCACCUGUACGGCCGGAGGCUGGUGCUGGAGUGGGCCGACUCCGAGGUGAGCCUGCAGGCCCUGCGGCGGAAGACGGCCGAGCACUUCCACGAACCCCCGAAGAAAAAGCGGUCUGUGGUGUUGGACGAGAUCCUGGAGCAGCUGGAAGACAGUGAGGACGGCGGUGACGAGCAGACCCUUCAGCCGUGAGCUGGCGCCGAGGGGCUGCUAAGCUGGCGUUCCCGCCUCUGGCUCUCCAAGGGACUGCUCACAGCCUGGGACGUGGCCUCUGUCCUGCCCCUUCCUCGCCACUUGGGACCACGGGCCCUGGUUCAGUCACAAGAGCGUCUUCCGUCCGUGCUGACCAAGGGGCCACUCACGAAGCACCAAGCUCCAAACCCAGACACCGGCUCGUUGGUUGAGCCCGGCUGUGUCGCUAACGGCAGACGCCCUCUACUCACAGGCUGGGGACGCCGUGAAAUGCAAACAGGUCCCCAGCCCUGGCAAGCAGUGUCCCAAGGCUCAUCCCAGACCUGGGGUGCCCACACCCACUCCCGCCUGGAGAUUCACACCCAGCACACACCAGGAGGGGGAUGGUAGAGAGGAAAGAGCUAUAACCCGUCUGCCCUGGGUCUGAACCCCAGCUGUGUGACUUUGGACCGGCGAGGUCCCCUCUGACCCUCAGCUUCUCUUUCUAUAAAAUGGGGGUGAUCUAGUACCUACCUCAGAGAUGGUGCUCGGACUACAUCAGCCAGUCCAAGUAAAGCCCAGAGCAAGCACUUGUCAGCGUUUUUGUCCUUCUUCAUUUGGGGCAGCUGGGCCCCGAGUGAGAGCCCAGGGAUCUUCUGACUUGCUGUGUAAAAUUUGGUCUGUGUAUUUUUCUGGGAGGAGGUUUCAGUCCACACCAAGCAGUUUUCGGAGUGGCCUGGAAUCCAAGCAAGACCACACAGCGCUGACAGUCCUGCAAGGCUGCGCGUGUCCCCAGUUCCCUGGGUGGCAGGUGCUUCCUAAUCCAUCCUAGGUUAUCCCUGGGACACAAUGGAAGCAAAAGACACAGACCCGGAGUGGCUCACGUCCCAGCUUUUAUAGUGAGGUGUCUCCCCGACAUCAGACCGUAGAGCCUGCGUGGGGUCCCUCGGGUGACCAGGCUCCCAAGUUUCCGUGGGUCCCAGGGAUGACAGGGCUGGGGUCCACCCCCUCCCUCCCCACUGCUUGUCCCGUUAAGGGCCACGUGGAUUCUUCUGGUUAAAGAAGAUUGCAGACCCGUGGGCCUGGCACGGGAGGAGGCAACAUUGGCACCGGCUUCACUGAAGGUACUAGAAUGUCCCCAGAUCGGAAUUCACCACCUCCUGGUGUUGCCAUGCCAGCUCGGGCUCUGCAUUCAGACCAUUCUGGGUUCCUGGUAACAUCCACCACUCGCCAGCCUUGUGAGUGUGGGCCAGUGACUUAACCUUCAAUUCCUCAGUCUUCUCAUCUUUAAAAUGGGAUGGUGCUAACAGCACCUCCAUAUACCGGGGGUAUUGUGAGGCCCAGAGAGCUUCAGGCACCUGCAGGAGGUGAAUCUGACCCCAGGGCCUCGGGUCUUUCUUGACCUUCAUGCUUUACUGUCUUCCCUGCGUCCAGAAGAAAAAGCAAGCAAGCCCGGGCCCGAGCCCAGAGAAAGCUCAGGACCAGCAGGGGAGCGAGGGGGCCCGCGAAGCCAAUGGCCUGAGGGCGCAGCAGGCGGGAAAGCCACCAGCCGCUCAGCCAGCUGCACGCAGGGAGACUGUGGCCCCUCCCCUCCUGCCUGCCCGUCCCAGCCUGGCGUCUGUACCCCCAACCCUGGGGGCUUACUGUCUGGGGGGGAAGGGCUCCCCCAUAAGCAAUGGAAGCAGUCACUUCAACUCCCCUAGAGAUCUCGGGGGGGUACCCAUCACCCCACCUUCGUGCCACACCUGGCCCUCACCAACGCCCAUAGCAGACUCCACGCUGCCCCAGGAGCACUGCAUUCUCCACAUGCAACUCUGAGCUGGAUCACGGGGAAUGUAGUGUAAAGCCCUGCGGCCCUGCCCCCGCGUGCACACUUGGAGUAAAACCACACUCUUCACCGCGAUGAGCAAGAAGGCCCUGCCUGCCCUGCCGCUGCCGCUCACUUACUGCUCUCCGACCUGGAAGCACAGUCCCACCCCAGGGCCUUUGCACUUGCUCUUUACUCUGCCUGGGACACCCUUCCUCCACUUUCUUCCUGUUUCCUUCCCCCAUCUCCACCAGCCACUCUGAGAUCUUCAUUUAAGCUUCCCUCCCUUCCUCAGAGACAGCCCCGACCACCUUAUGGAAAGUAGCCACGUUCCGUUCCUCUCCAUGCCCAGCCCCUGCCCCCAUGUCGUCCUCAGCCGAUCGUGUCCCUGUUCCUUUCAGUCACAGCACCUGGCGCCUGGAGGCUGAACAAGUGUCUCAGUAACCCUGAGCCCUGUCCCCCACCCCUUUGAAAGUAACUCUUUAAAUAGGAACUACUAAAGCUCUCGUCAUUUUUAUUAUCAUAAUCAUCAUCGGCAUUAUUAUUGGUAUUCUGGAAUAAAAAGUAUAGCUAGGUAAUAAUAAAAUAAAGCCAGGUCUUUAGCCUGGCCCAGAGGAGGGCCUACCUUUCCCCCUUUGAGGGAGAGGGACUGCGUGAAAGCAUUUCAGAAGAAAAGCCUCCACCCAGUGUGUGCCGGGUGAACUGGGGAGACUCCGGGCCUUGGAGCCAAGGCCCUGGGGAGAUUGACGGUCACUUGCCACCAGAGCAGUGGGGCACGGGGGGAGCUUUCAGGGAGGGGGCUUCAGGUGAGUUCGAAUGAUGAUGGGACAUCAGAGGUCCCAAACCACCAGAAGACGUAGGAGAGAAAUUCCAGAAAUAAAGCACGGAGGUCGCACCUGAGGAAGCACGAGCAUUCUGAGGUGGGUCGUGGUGGAAAGGAGCCCGUGUAUCCAGAAAGGCAGCCUGGAGGGAGUGACCUCUGCCCAGCAGCCCCCGAGCAGGCCAAGCAGAGACGUGGUUUACCCAGUUGCUCCUCAUACGAAGCCAAAGCCAGACUCAGGAUGGGCCCACGGUUGCCGUGGUGCAGUCGGGAAAUAAGUGAACCCCUCCCCCAGAAACGGCCGGUGUCGCUGUGCUUAUUCCUAACCGUUUCCAUCCUGGGGUUCCCCGUGGGCACCGAUGCCAUUGCCACAGUAGACUGGAAGCCAGGCUCGGGCCCUUGUGUCAGCGCUUGGAGGUCAUUCCACAGACCCUCAGCCACGGGGUGAUCCCAGGGUGUGAGGUCUGCCCCCUUCCUCCCUGGGAAACGCGAGCUGCCAUCCUCCAGCCGGUUUGCACGCUCUGCAGGGGCUGGUGUGGAAGAUCACAGGACUGGAGUGAGCCCAGGUCCCAGCGGAAGCACCUUGACCCUGGGAGGGCGCUAGGCAUUUUGCAGUGUCUCAGAAAGGAAAGGGGGGGACGGCACAGGCCAGAGGCAGAGAGGGGGUGGUGGAGUUAAGUCCUCAAACCAACGGCUAAUCCUCACCCCCAGUCAUUCAUUCAUUCAUCCAUCGAACGCUAGGCAUCCCUCUGCACUUGGCACUGUGCUGGGUGCCAGGAAUACAGGGACAGAAACACUGGAUCCACACGGGAGUUUGUCUCCUGGGCUUGAAGACCCGAGAAUCAGGCAGAAGACAAUUUCCAGCGGCCUUUGCCCCCGUGUUUUUCCUCCUUUCCUUUUGCCGCCUCCUUGGGCUCUUUUGUCUUCUGUGGCGGGGCCCGUCCCUCCCAGCGCCUG